AAUGAUUUCAUGUAAAUUUCCGCAGCGCAACAGACGAUGAUGAGCAGCAGCAGCAGUUUGGACGAGCUGGUGGUCGACAGGGCUGACUUGUCGGCAGCCGUUGAUCGUGCAAAGCACGCACGCCAACUGCAGGAGGAUGUGGGCACCCGCCCGCUUCGAGAAGGAAUGUUGGCCGCAGUCCUGGCUCCGGACGUGUGCGACCUGGUGCAACAACUUGAACAAGCCAUGGGGGAAAAGCGACUCGAACAGCGCCAAGCUGCCAUUCGGGAGGCUCGCACGGCACUUCUCGAGCUCGCGUGGCCCGCACCAGCCCAGCCGCCACGUGACGAUGACAGCGAAGGAACUGAGCCGCGUGAAAGCGUCUCAACGGCGUCCACGGCCACGCCAUCCUUACCAUCGUCCAUCACAUCGCUGCCGAUUGAAGCGUGCGUGGCGGCGUGUCGGGUGAAGAUUGAGUACCACUUUGGCGUUGGCGAUAAUGCAGCAUCCCUCAAGCAACAGCCGGAGCUCAUGCUCGACUUUGUCACGCGACUCUUGGAGACCGCCAUGCGCGACCUCCACACGUGGCGGAGACGACUGCGCUCAUCAUGGGAGGGAUCAAUUCAGACGCUUGUCAGCGGCGUAAACGCAGCUGUGGCGCCGUACAUGUGCGACCACCUGGCAGAGGUGGAAUUCGAUGUGCUGAAACACGCAGACGCGGUCAACGCAGUGAUUGCUUAUGAUGACGACAUUCGUGAUCUCACCAACGGCACCAUCUCCCACACCGACUCGUUGUUUGGCGCUAUUCUUGAACGAUUGCCACCGCUUGCUCGGCUGCUGGCAGCGCGGGCACAGGCAGCUAUCACAAACAUCAUUCACGCCGCAUAUGACCGAAGCAACGACGAUGGUGAUGACGAUGAUGAUGACGAUGAUGAUGAAAUUGCUAACGAGGACGACGACAACGUUGAGGAUCGAAGUGAAGAUGAACACGCGACCACAGAUGCAUCUGUACUGUCGCGAAUCGAAGCAAAGAUCCAGGAGCGAACAGAUGCGCGCAUGUGCAUGUGGACACGGGCCGCUCUUCACACGUGUUUGUCCGACGCACAUUUCAUGGAGCCUGUUGUUGCGCACCUGCUCGUGCUGGCGCUGCGGGAAUGGACGCCAGUCCUCUCCGCUGUGGCGCCGCGCGCACCGGACGCUGUGUCCGCUGCAUGCGACGACAUUGAGGAGGCGCUAACCGCGUUUAGCAGUGACUGUACCGCCCUCAUCACGGACGAGCUGUGGAACCUGUCGACCGCGCAUCAGUGCAUGCGCCUUGCGGCGAUGCUGAACAUGGCGUGUUACUGCGAACACGCGAUUCAAGCGCUCAUGCGCGAGCACACGCCGGCACACAAGGUGCACCACGCACAGUCGCAACAGCAGCAGAAGUCACGGAAACCACAACAGCGAGACCACCAUCACAAGCCAUCGCACCAGCGGCAGGCGGUUGACCCUUCCCAUACACACGCGCGCCACGCAGACCCAUGUGCACGUGUGUAUGCUCACGUGCAGUCGUGCAUGCAUGACAUCACCACCGCUGCCCUCAACGUCAUGUCUGAUUGCAUCACGGCCACCGCACGGCGCGCGCUGCUGGCGCUUCCAUCCACGUUCAAACACCUAACAAUCGCAGCUGACGCCCAGCACACGCAUCAAGGCGCUGCUCGUAGCCACACAUACGCAGCCACAGACAGCAGCAAUGAUGGUGAUGAUGACAGCGACGAUGGUGGUGACAGUGCAAGUGAUGGCGAGAGUCAAUCUCAUGCAAUGCAGGGCGUGCAUCAACUGGCGCACAAGUGCCGCCAAAGCGUGCUCACCUCGCUUCAGCUGUUUGUUCCGCACACAGGGGCGGUACCGCUCACGCUGGCAUGCUUGCAGGCACGGGCGAAGCUUUAUUCCGCCAUCGAUGAUGCGUGCGCCUCCAUAGACACGUGCACACCUGACAUUGCUGGCGCCGUCAAUGUGUUGCUGGCCGCUGUUGACGACUGCACCACCAUUGACGCGCAUGGAACAACAGCCCUCGCAUCCGCCCUGGCGAUUCAGCACGGCGCAGGGGCAUUAUUGCAAGAUGGCACGCCCUUUGACGCGCUGUUGCUCGUGCUGUCACAUUCAUCAUUCCUGACGUCGAUGGUGAAGAAAUUUCAUCAUGACGCUGAUGUUAUUCGGGAAGGCAAUCGCUUAAUCGCUCUCACGGCGGCAGACAUCGACAAGCUGCAGCAGCUGUUUGCGGACGGCAAGAUGGGCCGCCUCGCCACCGCCCUCACCGCCAUCGGCAUCACCGCCCUCUCCCCACGCCACGCCGGAGAUUAUUUACUCCGACGCAGCGAUGCGGCGUGA